GCUCGCUUUCUCAGCCAGAGUUCAAAUUCACAAGCGGGGAAAUAAGGUUAGCAAGCUGGGCUCCGUAAAACAUUACUAACAUGGAAUUUGACGGGAGCCUCUUAAUGCAAUUUAUCGCCGAUGUAAAGCUGGCAAGAGAGACGGAACACAAACAGCGGAUGAGUCUCCAUUGUCAGCAGUGCAACACUGUUUUGGGGGACUCCCUCGGCGUCUGUGGGGAGAUCAAAUGCAUGGACUCUAUCAUGUGUCUAAGAGUAACCAAUGAUGUGGUCAUCAGUGAUCCAAUUGAGUCAAGACAUAAAGGGGAAAUGGCUAAUUGCAUCUACAGUCCUCUAAAAUGCCGCGGCUGCAAAGCUGCUGUGGGGAAAGUUAUUCACUCGGCCCCUCCGCGUUUGGCCGUGGUUCGCUCCAUCUUUCUCCUCAACAAAGCAAACAUCAGUUGUUACAUCCUCAACAGCAGCUCUAUGGUGAAGGCGUCGACGCUCACAUUUGAUCUUAAGCCUGUCAGAGAAAGCAUUAAUGAGGUGAGACAACAGUUUGAAGUGAUGUUGGAUCAGAUGUCCCACAUCAAGAGCAGACUGGCCAAUCAGAGUGGAACAAGUCAAUAGUGUGCACAAGUGAUCAAGUCUGAACCAAGUCCUGGGUUUAGGGAGCAUGUGUUCUCCAACCCCUCUGCUGGACUAGUUUGUGUUGUAAAUUAUUGUUAAUUAGUCAUCUGUAUAUAAACAAGAUAUGAGAUACUGGCUUUUUUAAAGAUGUGAUGAGAUCUGUUUUGGGAUUGC